AUUAACUGUAAAUAGAAUAUUGGAGACUCGCAAGAAGAUAUAAAUAGUUAGUGGGGAUAUUUGACGCUAACACUUCAAGUUCAACGUUGUUAUGGGUUAUUUCGAUAUGGGUUUCGCACAUUGCUUGUUGUUGUUUGUGUUUGUGGGUACUGCAUUGGCAUUGGCCGGUGACUACGUGCCGAAGUCGUUUUACAUCAUCGACGAGGACGGACACAAGUCCGAAGUGGUUUACGUGAGGAACAGGAGGGACUUGGAGCAGCCGUUGCUCAGGAGGAUGAGGCGUGGUGGUGGCGCCUACUCCAGCUCCAGCGCCUCGUCCGGAGGUUCCGGGUUUGGAAGCGGGUACUCAUCUGGUGGUGGCGGAGGGGCUGAUAUCCCAUUCUUUUUCGCAGACCCAUCGGCGAUCCACAAUCACAUCGCCUCCAACCUAAACAACCUGGCUAAUACUUUGUCUCAAGGUUUGGCUGCGGCCGCUUCUGGUAUUCCUAGCGGCGGUGGCGGAAGCGGAUACAGCGGCGGCUACGGCUCCGGAGGUAGCGGCGGAUCUAGUUAUGCGUCCAGCUUCUCCAGCGCCUCUGGUGGCGGACAUGGCGCCGGAUACGGACCCGGAAACGGUGGUGGAUACAGCGGUGGAAGUGAUGGUCCGCAAAUCUUCUCCCGUUUCGGCGAAACCGAAGGAUCCGGUGUCCACGUGAGCGGCUCAGCAUCCGGACCACACGGUGCCUUCAGCUCCAGCUCAUCGUCGUCGGACGGAAACGGACGCGUCUCUUACAAGGUCACGUCCGGCAAAUAUUAGAUCUAGACGAAGUGAUAUUAUUGUAUAAUACAUUAUAAUUUCUUAAGUAAAAUUUUUAAUAAACUAAUCACAUUGU